AUGGCUAGCUCUACCGUGCAAUGGCUCUUAAAUUCAUUUAAUAUUUGUGUUAUUAGAGAUAAUUUUUUGAAAAUGGAUGUCGAUUCUUCAUCAAUAUUAUCAAAUAGUGAUUUACAAUAUUUUUUAACUGAAAUUCGUUCAAGUCUAGAUGAUAGUAGUCAAAUAAAUGAAAUAACUCGUGCUCAUUCUUGGUUAUUAACAACAAUUUCAAUUUAUGGGGAUAAUUUACAAAUAUUAAUUGAAUUUUAUCGUCUGUUUCGUGAUAAACAAUGUUAUGUUUUACUCAAAUUUAUCAUUGAAUAUAUGUUAGGGAAAUUUCCACAAAUAAAUGAUCGAUAUUUAUUUAAUGAAUUCAAACAACUCUUCAGUUAUGUUUUAACCAAUCAAAAUUCUAUAGAAAGCCGUAGUAGUCAUAAUUCAACGAAAAUAUGUUCUCCCUCCACCUCAUUUUCUUAUUUAAAACUAUACCAGUUACUAUCUUGUCAAACUCGUGACAAUAUUUGUCUAGAAUUAAUUCAUAAAUAUUAUGAUGAGCUCGAACAUCAAUUAAAUAAAUGGGCAUGGCCAUCAUCAUCGACAACUAUUACACCAAUUCUCAUUUUAUCUACUGAUUUUGAUAAAUUUACUAAUAAAAUUCUCACAUGUUUAAGACUAACAUGUCUGAAUUAUGAUCAAACAUCACUCAAAUAUUUGGUUAAGAUGUUACAAUUAGUUUUACAAGGAGAACAACAGUGUAAAUAUUCAACAACAUUAAACAUUUUAAGAUAUUUAUUUGUUAAACAAUUAUUACCAGUUUUAUUCUCUUCUUCUCCAUCAAAACAAUCAAAACAACAAUAUAAUAUCCCAUCUCAUACGAUUCAUGAUUGGUUAUUAUAUGUUAUUGAAUUUUAUACCGAAUAUUCAACAUUUUGUUCUAUAAAUAGAGAAGAGAAUAAUGAUGAAACAUACUUGAAUGUUAAGUUACAAGGAUCAGAUACGAUGACAUUUUAUUGUGAUGAACCAUUCGAACAAAUUAAUGAUUUAUUACAUUCAGCUAUUUUACAAGCAGAUUGGUCACAAUAUUCUCCACAGACAACAACUAAAAAAUCAGAUAACUCAUCGUCUAUUUUCAAUUAUCAUAGUCAAUUAAUUCGUUUAUCAACAAUGUGUGAAAAAGAUGUUCGUUCACCUCUAGCGUGUCCAUUGUCAUGUUAUCUAUUAUGUACAAGUUUUCCUUUAUACGUCUAUUCUACAUUAGAAUUGUCAAAAUCCGUUGAACAAAAACAAGAUUAUUACAUGUUCUUACGUGCUGUUAAAUUAUCAAAUCAGAAUAAAAAUAAUCAUUAUGCAAGAAAACAGAUUAAAUCGUCAUCAUUAGCGACAAAUUAUUUGAAUAAAUUUGUUAAUUGUUUUCUUUUAUAUUCAACAUGCUUAGAUUUAAUACAAUCAAAAUCAUCGUUUCAACAACAAUAUUUAAAUUUAAUCAAUAAAAUUCAACUUUAUAAAUGUAAAAACUAUCAAAUAUUAUUUAAAUUAUAUCAGUAUUUUUCUAUUGAAAAAAAAUUUAGUCAGAUUGUUGAUGAGUCAGAGAGUAUAACAGCAAUAGGCGAACAUAAUAUACCGAUUCAAGAUACGCCAUCGAGUCCAACUAGUACUGAAUCUGUCUCAACAGCACCACCAUCAUUAUCAUUAUCAUCUUCAUCUCCUUUAAAAGUCGUUGAUUUGGAUGAAUUAAUUCAGAAAUAUGAAGAUGAUAUAAUAAAAUUACGCAAUUUACCAUCGCAAUAUAUUCACUCAACGUUACAAUUAUGUUCGUUAUAUUUAAUUUUACGUCAUCAAAAACGUAAGACUAUAACAUUAGCAAUUGAUACUUUGAUUUAUGUUCAACAAUAUUUUCAUUCAAAAUCACAUGUAACAAUUCAGAAACAAAUUGUUUAUCCACUAUUAUCCGGUACAUCGUUAAACGAAGAAAAUAAUCCUACCGAUAAUCAUUAUUAUUUUAUAAAUCAGACUUAUGAAACAUGUUUUGUUUAUUUAUUACAAAUUAUUUGCACAUGUUUUUUCUCUUACAAAGAUAACGAUUAUUUAUCAAAUGAACAUACGUAUCUUGGUCAUUGUCUUGUACUGUUACAGUACUACAGUAUUAAAAAAGAAGCUAUACACGAGAAAGAUGACGAUUAUGAAUAUCGUUCAAUGAUAAAUGAUUUAAUGUUAAAAAUUCAACAUCAUCAAACGUUGGAAUAUCCCAAACUAUUUUCUUAUAUUUAUGAUCGUUCGCUACUAGGUGAAUUAUUAAAUUUUGUUCAAAAAUAUCCGUUGAUAAUGAAUCGUCAACAAGGACAAGUAGCAUCACAACGUGUAUGGUCAUUAUUUGAUAAUAGUAAUACAAAUAAUAUUAAAACAAUGGGAGUAAAAAAGAGAAAAUUAGAUGAUGACGAUGUAGAAGAGUUGGUAACGUAUAAUGAUGAACAAUUUAUCGAUCAUUUAAUUCAACAUGUAUCGAAUAUGACUAAUUUAAACUUAGAUCAAAAAUUAAAUUUAUUAUACAAAUUUAUUAUCAGUGAGCGAAAAACACUUCAGGAAUAUUAUCGAAUGCAUAAAUUUCAGUUCAUAAAAUCAUCUAGUUGUCCAAUAUUAACUUCUGCUUCUAUCAACAUGAGCCAACAAAUUCAAACAGCAUCGACUUCGUUGAAACGCCGAUACGAUGACGAUGAAAAUGAUGAGAAUGAUUCUUCACCAAUACAACGUCCAUCUUCCUCAGCGAUAAAACGACCUCGUCUAAUUUCCACAUCAUCUGAAUCAUCGAAGAAUUUAAAUGUCGAAGAAAAUGAUGCUGUGAAUCGUUGGCUAAAUAAUUCGAUUGAAGAAUUAACUCUACGAAUUCCUUAUGAUUGUAUGGGCUCAUUUUAUUUGGGUUUAACUGAAAUCGAAGUGGUGGAAAAUGAUUUAAAGACCUUGUCUGUCUUGUUGAUUACACCCUUACAAGAAUUGGAUUAUAUUCGUGUUUUUCAACGUUUACAAGCCAUUAAUGCCUUUCUCUGUCUUUGUGAUAAUUUUCAUGGAAUUAAAGAGAGGUGUAAACAAUUAAUUCAGUUGGUUGGAAAAGCGUGGUUUACAAUUCUGAAACUGUUACUACCAUCAAGUUUAUUUCCACUGAAUAAUAAUGAAGUUACAAAACCACUAAUACUAACAUGUGAUGAUGUGAAAAAAUUAUGGUUUAUUCGACAAAACAUUCCACACUUUUCAUCCAUCUUAAAAGCCUGUGCUUUUCAAGGUGAAUUUAUUACCCAGAAUGGUACACGUUAUAGUCAAUAUCCUGUUGUAUUAACAUAUAUUCGUACAAUCUGGCUAUUAUUAAAAAAAGAUCUCUUUAAACGACAACUUCGCCCGUUAUUAAACACGACAAAUUUGAUGUCAGUGGAACGUGUUGAUAAUUUUCAAAUUGCUGAUAAACGUAUUCAGAUGUAUGUUUAUUUUUUGUCACAAUUUUUCCAAUUUUCAACACUAGAAGCAGAAGUACAACAAGAACAAAUAAAAGACUAUAAUUUUAUAUCUGAAUUCGAAAAAUAUCGCAAUUUGAACGAUAUCGAUAGUGAAAAAUAUAUCGUUAGUGAUAUGCAGCAGUGGAAAUAUGAACAAAUAUAUAAAAAGUACAGUAAUCAUUGUCAUUGUACUCAAACUUCUCCGUGUGCAGUUAAUAUAAAAGAAAAAACAGACGGGAUUAAUUUGUUAUUUAGUGAAAUAGAUAAUUAA